UACAUUUGAACCCAGGUAACAUUGCAAGCAAUCAGGACGUCUUCAACUGGAUUCUGGAACAGAAGGCCGACCAAAGCAUUCAGCUCAUUAGCCGUGAUCAACUUUUCGAGUAUAUAGGCACCAAAGACUUUUUAGCGGUUGUGUUUUACAAGGAAGAUGAUCCCGACUCGCCACGAGUGCUGCGGCACAUUGAACUAAUAGACGACGAGGCUGCGGAAUAUGGCAUUUACAUAGUGAAGAUGCACGACAAGCUGAUGGCCAAGAAGUACGGCUUCAGGAAUCCCCCGGGACUGACGUAUUUCCGCAAGGGCAAGUAUAUAAACUACGACGGCGAUAUCGACGACGAGGAGGAGGUGCUGGACUGGCUCACGAGCCCGGCCAACAUGGAGAUGACCGACCACAUCGAGCAGGUGAACCGCAAGAUGUUCGAGAAGAUCCGCAAGAACUCCGACUACGUGGCGGUGAUAUUCUAUAGCGAUGAGUGCAAGCAGUGUCCCCGCGUCCUGGCCGAGGUGGAGCACAUAGAUGACGAAGCCGACAAGGCGGGCAUCGACUUCGUCAAGAUCGACGACAAGCAAAUGGCCAAGGAGUACGGAGUGUUUGCACUGCCCGCUAUUGUCUUCUUCAAGCCGACAUCCAAGGAGCCAGUUAUAUACGCCGGUGAUCUUUACGAAGAAGAACAGAUCCUAACUUGGCUAGUCACGCAAAAGGAUCCAAGUGGAGAUGUUAUCGAAGAUCUCGAAGGCGAAAGACUCGUUCACCUGAUCGAAGAGUCUGGCUCCAUCGCAGUCUACUUUUGGAACAAGACCAAGUGCGACAUUUGCAAUUCGAAAGCGGCUCGCAAGGCGCGGCUGAAAAAGGAGCGCGAUCAGCACCAGCAGGAGGGCGGAGCAGCCAGCGCCGCUGCCGCCUUCGGCAGUGAGGCAGAUCCUUCCGAGGCGGCCGCUGGUGGGGCGGAGGAUGCACCAGCGGCAGGUGCCGAGGCGGAAUCCCCGCCAGCCUCUGCAGCUGCUCCACCGGACGCGUCAACUGGCAAGCAAGAGGAUGAUGCGGAUGGCUGCGAGCAGUGCACCAAGGUUCUGGAGGAGCUCGAAAACAUCGAUGACGAUUGCGACAAGCACGGCAUAACGUUCGUAAAGACCAGGGACUUCUCUGUGGCCGACGGCUAUGGCGUCCACGAGUAUCCGGCUCUAGUGUACUUCGAAGGAGGAAUCCCCAACGUAUUUGAGGGAGAACUCAGCGAGGAGGAGGAGGUGCUGCAGUGGCUGAUUACCCAGAAGACCGAGGAUCGCAUUGAGCUGAUCACUCGCCAGAUGCUGGAGACAAUGGUGGAGGAGACCCAGUACCUGGCCGUGUACUUCUUACCACCAGAGCGCAAUGGGAAGCAACCCGCUUUCUGCCGCAGUUUCUGCUCCCCCUCUAGUCUUAAAGAAAGCAACCUGACCACCACCAAAUCCACAAAACACUCAUCCAGCCAAUUCGUACAAAACUACAUCUCACGUAAAAGAAAACGUAUCGAAAAACAAGACAAAAUCAACUGCAACAUUUGCGACCAGAUACUAGAGGGCUUGGAGCUGAUCGAUGACGAAUGCGAUGUGUUCGGCAUUCACAUGGUCAAGAUCCAAGAUCCGCAACUGGCGAAACGUUACUCGAUCAAGACCUUCCCGGCAUUGGUUUACUUCAGAAAUGGAAAUCCAUUACUGUUUGAGGGCGACCUGCAAAACGAGCAGUCCGUUUUGGAAUGGCUCAUCGAUGAUGACAACCGCGAGUUGGCCGAUGAAAUAGAGGAGGUCAACGAGCGUAUGCUGGAUCGUCUAAUGGCGGAGUCCACUCUAUUGGUUGUUUUCUUUUAUGACGAUGAUUGUGCCGAGUGCGAGGAGAUUUUGGAAGAGCUGGAGGAGAUUGAUGGCGAGGCAGACAUGUUUGGCAUUGACUUCGUAAAGAUUGCCAGCAUCCAGGCAGCCAAGAAAUACGAGAUAGUAAAUAUACCUUCCCUGGUUUAUUUCCGAAAACAAGUGCCCGUCCUGUACGACGGUGACCUGCACCAACACGACAAGGUGAUUACCUGGCUAACGUCACAGGAUGUGUUCGAAAUCAAAAACGAAAUAGAGGAAGUAAACCGAAAGAUGCUCGACAAACUACUUGAGGAAAAUGAGUUCCUAGCCGUUUUCUUCUACGAACACAAUCAGCCGGACAGUACUGCAGCGCUGGAGAAACUGGAGAACAUCGACAGCGAGACGGACAACCUGGACAUCACCUUCGUCAAGAUGGCCGACUCGCGCUAUGCCAAGAAGUGGGGCGUUACCAAGCUGCCGGCGAUGGUCUACUUCCGACGACGGUUCCCCAGCAUAUACAGGGGUGAUCUGUUGUCCGAGGACGAAGUGCUGGAAUGGCUGCGCAAGAACCGCUUCCGCCAGCCGGAGCUGAACAUCUUUAUGUAUGCCCUGAUUGCGCUGGCGGUGGCCUUUGUGGUCUACACCGCCUUCCUGCUGCAGUGCUUCAAGCCGGCGCCGCCGCCUCCCGUUCAGCACCCCAAGCAGUCGUGAAUAGGAUAGUAGGGGAAGUAGGAAGAAUGUACUGAAUCAUGUUGAACGGCUAUCAACGACGAUGGAGGGUUUUCCACAAGACACACAAAAGCGAGCGAGCCAAACUUGAAAUGAAAGCCACAUAAUACACGCAUAUCUAUGCACAUUAAACUGUCAUCCAAUCGUCUAAAUUAGACGCAUGCAAUCCACUGUUUGGAGACAAUCCAUUGCUUUUGAAAUAUCUUUUGCGACAACUUGAUAACUUCAACAAACUCCGAUGCUUCCAUUAAAAUCAAAACUCAUGUAUAUCAUACUUACACAUCUAUUUGUCUUCUCACCCGUGUACAUCAUUGAAAUCAGUUACAGAAGAACACUAUCAAGUCAUAGUAAUUACUUUAAAUUUAAAUUUAAUAAAUGCCAUUAAUAAUUUUUACAGUAAAUCAUUACGGCCUAUGAUACUUAAUAAACUAUUGGAUGAUGUGCGUAA